GUUUUUCAGAAGCUCACCUUGUACGCUUCGCCCUCCCCACCACUGCCCCCAAGAUCGACGCCUCUCCUUGGAGAAAGAGGCUCCUCACUGCAGCUCCCUCUAAUUACUUAUCACAGGACAGUUUCCAUCUUCCUUCUUCCCGUUUUGAUUUGGAAGGACAAAGUGACGUGUUCUUCAAAGGAGUGGAUCGCUUGGGAUUCCUUCAACGCUUCCUUUCUCUUUCUUUGUCUCCCAGGCAUUGCUGGGUGUGUUUUGCCACCGAAGGCGAUGACCGGUCAGCGGAGUGGGUCUGCCCCUGCCGUUGCAAAGGAUCCACCAAGUGGAUCCACCAGGCCUGCCUCCAACGAUGGCUGGAUGAGAAGCAAAAGGGCAACAGCAUUGGCAGUGUGAGUUGCCCCCAGUGUGGGACUGAGUACUGCAUCGUCUUUCCCAAAGUAGGACCUCUGGUCUAUUUCCUGCAGCAAGUGGACCGGGCUUUAUCCAAAGUGAGCCCUUUUGCUGCCGCUGGUAUCGUGGUGGGGACACUGUACUGGUCGGCAGUGACUUAUGGGGCCGUGACUGUGAUGCAGGUGGUUGGGCAUAAAAAGGGCCUGGAUGUGAUGGAGCGAGCCGACCCCCUCUUCCUGCUCAUGGGGCUGCCCACCAUCCCGGUCAUGCUGGUGCUGGGCAAGAUGAUCCGCUGGGAAGACUACGUGCUCCGGGUGUGGCGGAAGUACUCUAGCAAGCUCCAGGCCCUGCAUUCUUGGGUUCCAGGGACCAGCCGUCCAGUCCCACCGAUACCUCUCGCCGAGUCACGCUACCAGAGUGACCACCUUUCCAUCUCGCGCACCUUGUGUGGGGCCCUGGUGUUCCCAACUAUCGCCAAUCUUGUGGGCCGGGUCACAUUUCGGAGGGUCAACUCCAACCUCCAACGUACCAUCCUGGGCGGCAUUGCCUUCGUGGCCAUCAAGGGAGCACUGAAAGUUUAUUUCCGCCAACAGCAAUACUUAAUCCAAGCCAACCGGCGCAUCCUCAACUUUGUGGAGAAAGGGGACGCGGAAAAGGACUUGGCUCAGCCCGAGGAAGACAGCAACAGUGAAGCGGGGCUCAGCUAGGAAGAACGGUCUCCACUCCUCCAGAAUAAGCAGAUUCUUCUCCAGAAUAGAUUGUAUGUCAUUCAUCGAGCAUUGCUCUUGAAGCAAGCACCCUUCAGGCACCCCAGGUGUGGCGGUGGUGCGUUGAGGGGAGAGGUUGACUUGAGGCUGGGUGAGCCAAAUCUCUGGGAUCUUCUGUAUCAGUAAACAGUGCUCGUUUUCAAGCCAGUUCCUCCUUUGCGUUCUGACAAGCUGACCUCGCUCUGUGCUGUCUUGCGUCUUCGCCCUGUUCAUUCUGAAUCCCACCUGAGCCUGUCCCCUGCUCGCUUUAGAAAUCGUAAUUUCAAUAAACCAUUGAAAAGGUCCCCUUCCCAUUGGGGGAGUUCAUA